AUGUUCUGGAGGGAACGUGAGAGGGAGACUAAGGAACACAAUGGUGGGGUGCUUUGUGGACAAGUCAGAGUGCUCGUUGUUGGUGACUCAGGUGUUGGGAAGUCUUCUUUAGUUCACCUUAUUGUUAAAGGUUCUCCCGUUGCUCGUCCUUCUCAGACAAUUGGUUGUACAGUAGAUGUGAAGCAUACCACUUAUGGAAAUUCUGGCAGCUCUUCAAGUAGCCUCAAAGGUGAUACUGAAAGAGAUUUCUUUGUUGAACUGUGGGAUGUCUCAGGACAUGACCGUUACAAAGAUUGCCGAUCUCUGUUUUAUUCACAGAUUAAUGGUGUAAUUUUUGUUCAUGAUCUUUCACAGAGAAGAACAAAGACUAGCUUGCAGAAGUGGGCAGCUGAGAUUGCUGCAACUGGGACAUUUUCAGCUCCUUUGGGAUCUGGUGGCCCUGGUGGUCUUCCUGUUCCGUUUAUUGUUAUUGGUAACAAAGCUGAUAUUGUUGCAAAAGAGGGUACAAGAGGAAGCAGUGGGAAUCUUGUUGAUGUUGCACGCCAGUGGGUCGAGAAGCAGGGUUUGCUUCCAUCCAGUGAGGAGCUUCCAUUGACAGAGAGUUUUCCAAGUGGCGGAGGUCUUAUUGCAGCAGCAAAAGAUGCUAGGUAUGAUAAAGAGGCUGUGAUUAAAUUUUUCCGCAUGUUGAUUAGGAGAAGAUACUUCUCAGAUGAAAUACCUACACCUGCAUGGUCCAUUCCUUCACCUCAAAGAUCUUUUCAGCGGAUAGAUGAAAGUUUUAUCGAAGAAGAUCAAUCUUAUAAUACAGGUCGAGCCAGUGAUCCAUACAAGUAUAACACGCUUCCCCCGCUUCCGGCUCAACGCAAUUUAACUCCACCACCCACACUCUAUCCUCAACAGCCAGUUUCAGUCUCUGAAGGCUACAGUUACCCUAGAUUUUCUUUGUCUGGUUCCUCGGAAUUGAGUUCUUCAAGUAGAACAAAGCGCUCAGAUAUAAAUGUUUGA